AUGGAGAAUGAUGGCAAAAAUUUGAUAAAGAAUAAUGGAGAGCCGGAGAAAGAUGGAGGAAAAGUUUUAACUGCGAGUAAAAGAUCAGGACGGAAGAAUAAAACAGCAACAAUUGAAGAGAAAGAAAAAACAAAAGAGAAUGAGCUUCCUCCUGCUCUCCUUCCAAAGUUCCCAUCUCACAAAUCAUUGAGACGUCGUUCAUCGGGAGAAGCUAUCGAAGUGACUCCAAUGUAUCCGUCGGAUCAGUAUAUUAAUGAAAACGAUGAAAAUGAAAUGACAAGAGAACUGGAGAGAGAAAAAGCUGAAAAUCACUGGGAAGAGGGAUUGUUGUUGAUUGAUGAGUUACAGUUGAAAGAAGAAGAAAUGGAACAGCAACAGAAGGAAAUGCAGGAGAAUGCUCAUGCCUCACCAUCUGAUCAGAAUUCCUUAGAAGCUAAUCAGAAGAAAAUGAAACAAGAAAAAGUGGAAAAAGGUGAAAAGCCAGUAGAGAAGAAGGUGGAUAAGGCUAGUGCAAGGGAUAAGAAAAGUGGGCGGAGCGAAGAUCGAAAGAAGAGUAAAAAGGAUGUUGCAUCAUCGGAUGAGAAGAAAUCAAACGAAGAUAAAAAUAAAGGAGUUGGGUUGAGAAAGAAGGCGUCAGCAGAGGAUGCAAAUUCUGAUGAGUUUCGAAAAAGUGGAAGAAAGUCAAAGAGGUUGAAAAAGUCGGUUUUCAAACCUCCCGUGCAGAAACCAGGACAACCACCAACUCAGGGACCUACAUCAAUCUAUCAAUCUCCAAUGGUCCCUGCUCCAAAAAAUGAGCGAUCUCUGAAAUUGAAUGUCGGCGAGCCAAAAUCCUAUGACGACAAAGGGAAAAAACUAGCGGCAUAUCCUAAAAAAGAUGGGCAAAAAGGAACUGCAAUACCUGCAAAAUCACCACUUCCUGGAACUCCUGGAACUGAGAUUCAAAAGAAUCCACAACUUCCACCAACUCCUCAUCAACUUCAGCAACAACAACAGCUUCAGUUGAUGCAGAAAAAGCGGAGAAUCGGAUUUUUGAAAAAUGUGUAUCAGAAAACCAAAUUCUGGGGACGAAAGGCGGAUUGUGUUGCUGAUCCAUCCAUGGAUUUUCUUUCUAAAUCCUAUGUGAAACCAGACUACGAUCCAAACAAUCCAACAGACUUUAUGCCAGAAUUAUCCGCCAGUAAAAUACUUUCUGACGAAGAUUGGGCUAAAAGAAACUCGAAUAUUCGUUUCUCAAAAGAUGAAGUAUUUAUUAACAUGCGUCCGUUCUGGCUAACUCGUACCAUAAAUGACACAACUCCAAAAGUCAGAAUUCAGCUACACCGUCCAUUGAAGCAGAUGUAUCAGGGAAAUCCAUCAUGUAUUCUUCCGAAACUCAGCCGAACCGAACCAUUUUGUGAUCCCAAAAAGGAUUCGAUAGUGGCAAUGAAAGCGAUUGAUCAAUUGAUUGGAGUUGAUUUGAACUAUUCCGAGUACGAAGGAAAACAAGACACCCAGAGACGUGGAAAAAAGGAAAAAGCACAAGAGAAGGAAGAAGGAAAAGAGCAGAACAGCAAACCAAAUGUUACCUUUGACAUUCCGCUUCCGGUUCCUGGUGUUGAGCUGGAUCUUCAAAUUUACAAUCGGAAGCAUCGACCUCAAACAAAAUAUCCAAAUGGAAUUACUGUGGAGAACAGACGUAGAUUCGCCGGGAUGAGAUAUGGUUUAAAACCGACGAAAGAGAAAAAAGACAGAGACAAAGUUAAAGCUCGAUCGCCGUCUGGAGGACCAGUGUCUGUCAAUUCCACGUCUUCGAAUUCUCAAUCGUCGUCAGCUGAAGGGAAAAAGAAUUGA